GCCACCAGGGGGCCUCAGUCCCGCAGCGGGACACCCAGCUGUGGGUUUGCCUUCACCCUGAACCCUCCAGCGCCAGUCAAGCUGUCCCACCCUGCCUCCUCUCCCUCCUCUUCUCCUCCUCCUGCUCCUCUUUCUUCUCCCUCCUGGCUCCCACAGGCCCACCUGGACUCCCAGUCAGCUUUCUCCCUCCAUGAGGGGCGGGGGGAGGCGCCGGGGGCCCUGGAUGUGGACCCCCAGCCUCUUUAUCUCGAUUCACCUGUGAACAUCGAGGACUUGGAGCAACCACCCUGCCACGAUGUGUCAACUUUAACAGACCUUUGUUCAGACCUGCCAGAGUUGGAGAUAGUGAGCCUCCUAUCAGAGGGUCAGCCCAACUACACUCUUCGAGCAGACAGUGUGUUUGGAUACGACAAUGACGACUGGCUGCACACCCCUCUGCUGCCGCCAACAGUCGCUCUGGGACUCACACACGAGCAGAUUGAAGAGACGCUCAAGUACUUCUUGUUGUGCUCAGACAGAGUGGGCCAGGUCACCAAGACGUAUCAUGACAUCAAGGCAGUCACCCACCUGCUGGAGGAGAAAGAGCGGGAUCUCGAGUUAGCAGCGCGGAUCGGUCAGUCCCUCCUGAAGCAGAACCAAGAAAUCACCGAACGCAAUGAAAUGCUGGAUGAACAGCUUGAAAUAGCAAAGGAAGAGAUUGCUCAACUUCGCCAUGAGCUCUCGAUGCGAGACGACCUCCUUCAGUUCUAUGCGAGCUCCGAGGAGAUCGAGAAUGCUGAAUCGCACUCACCAAUAAAAAGGAACGAAUCAUGCAGUUCCCUCAGCAACUUCGUCCACUACGACUUCCUGCAGCAGAAACUGAAGGGCUUAGAGCACGAGAACCGCAAACUGCGAAUAGAGGCCAAUGAGCUCACAACAGAGACGACCAACUACGAGGAGCAAGAACAGGAGCUGAUGAUGGUGUGCGUGGAGGAACUCUCAUCCGUCAAUAAGCAGGUAGUCGACCUGUCGGAGGAGCUUGCACGGAAAAUUGAGGACACUCUCCGACAACAGGAGGAGAUUAGUUCACUGCUCGCUCAGAUUGUUGACCUGCAGGCCCGUUGCAAAGGGAUCACCCAUGAGAAUGAGGAGCUGAACCAACACCUGAGUGCCUCCCGUGAGAGCCAGCUACAUCUUCAAUCAGAGCUCAAGGACCUGCAGGACAAGUACUCCCAGUAUGAGGACAUGCUCCGCGAGGCCCGAGAAGACAUAAAGAACUUGCGGAAUAAGAGCCUACCCAACAGCACGGUGCAGCGGUACACUGCACUGGCCUCUGUGCUCCCCAUGGACUCACUGGCAGCCGAGAUAGAGGGCACCUUCCGCAAAGGCCUGGACACCCCGGCUCCCUCAGAGUACAAGAACCACCCGUGGCGUGUGUUUGAAACAGUGAAGGUGGUCAACAAGAACGUGAGGCUGCGGUCUCGCUGCCACUCCCCGGGGCUUCCAGGCUCCAGCCCCGUGUCCACUCGCUCCAGUUGUACCAGCACCCCCCGAACCAGCUACUAUUGCUCAGACAAUGCCAGCCUUACUCUGGAGGACAAGCUUAGCUCCAACAAUGCUCAGAAAGAAGACAACAGUGGGCCGAAGCGUCUGGGCCAACCGGGCACACCAGGAGGCCAGGACCUGGAAGCCGCCUUGCGCAAUCUGUCAGCCCGCCAGCAGAACCACUCUUCUGAAAGGCCUUUCUUUGAUGUUGAGCGUGAGCGUAAACUCCAUGCCUUGGCAGCAGACUGCGAGGAGGGCGAGAGCUCCAGUGGCUUCCUGACACCAAACGACAGCCUGGUCUCCAGCCCAGCAGUGUCCACGGGCACCAACUACUCCAACGGCAGCUCACGGCACUCCUGUGGCUCCUCAGGAGGAUCCAGGUCCUACCUGCCCGACCGCCUGCAGAUCGUCAAACCUCUGGAAGGCUCGGUGACUCUGCAUCAGUGGCAGCAGUUGGCCAAACCAAACCUGGGAGGCAUCCUGCAUCCACGUCCGGGCGUCCUGACUAAAGACUUCAGGGAGCUCGAGAUCGACAUACAGCACGUCUACAGUCUGAACGACCUGGAGGAGGAUGAACCGGACUUGUCGCAGCUCUCUGGAGUGCAUGGCAUGGUCUCUCCAUCCGGUCCCAACCUCCCUCCGACCUCUCCCACACAUACCAUUACCACCUGCCAAGUCCUCCAACCCUCCCUCCUCAUCCCCUCCUUCUCCACUAGCCUUCACUCUUUCGGCCUGCCAUCUUGUCGGACCUGUGAGCUCGUGAGCACUUCAUCUCCAUCACACCGGCAGCACUUUGGCCCGGGAUGCCAGACCACCACCACCACCACCACCACAAAUGUAGCCACUUCAUUACCGGGACUCGUUCAGCUGCUGCAAGAGCGUGGCAUCUCAGCCUCUCCUUAUCCCCACAACUACCUGCACUUAAGUACAAAACCUUCACCCUCCACAGCAAAAGACGAAUGUGGAGACUCACCAUCGGACAAAGAGGUAAGAAGGAACACUUUCAGUUUGAACUUGGUGGAGAAGCUUCAAGGUCUGGGGUUGCACCGAGUGGCAGCCUGGGGGAUGACGGGCCACAGUGGGGAGGAGAAGCAGACACUUUGAUGAGGACUGUUCACCACUUCCUCCUCUCUCAUUCACCGUGGUGACUUUACCAUGUGAUCCCCACUGUGCAGUUCAGGGCCCACAGCUCAGUUGUCGGUAGUGUACAGUUAUUCUUUUCUAUGAAUGUGUGUACAGUAGUUGUGUGUGUGAGACCUUUUCAUCUCAGGAAAAUCACCUGAUUACCUGAUCACCAGUCUGUUUGACUGCAACCUGCAUAAAAAGCUUCUUUUUAUUAAAAAAAAAAGCAACAUCAUGAAGAUUUUUUUUUUAUACUGUGUUUCGUGGUUGUCAUUUUACACGUUUUUCCCGCCGCUGGUUUUAAAAAAACCUUAUAAUUUUUUCCGUUUCCAAAGUGGAACAUCACUUAUGUGUAUAUUUCAAAGUUGUCAUUUAGGAAAGUUAAAAUAAAGACUACAUGCAGUAAAUUAUUGUUAGUUGAAACCACAAACCGAACCAAUGCUGUCACACUGAAGAAUUUUCAAAUGCACUAAAAUACACUCCGGUCUUCCUGCUUAUUAGCUGCUACAUUGAGAAAAGCAUGUUCUAUAUAAGAUUGUCAAAUAUAUGGAGUUGAACACUUGAUAAACUGAUCAAGAAGCACUGCGAUAACACACGGUGCACUGACUGAACUGAGAAAUGUUGAUGAUGAAGACAUCCUGCAGCUGUCUGCCCCUACAGUUCACCACCUGCUCUCACGUAGCACAUGUUGAAGUGUCACCUGUGAGAGCUGCUGAAACUUCUGGACUUUAUCCUGAGCAAAACCUCACUAAAAAGAAAUCAGGUUUGCCAUGCUAAAUCAAAGACGGAGAAUGGGAUUUUUAUAAGCAAUAUGUAUAUUUACUGCACUGAAAAAAUCUUGCUUGUACAAAUCUGCUGCAUUUCAUGUCAUCAGGAAUUUUGAAAUCGCUAGGAUGUAAAUGAAAUUAAAAUAAUUUGGGGCAUUCAAAGUGAAUCCUCCGUGACGUUGAGGGGAAUCCUUAUUUAAAGACGAGCAGGAGAGAGGUCCUAAAUAUUUAAGCAGCAUGUUUCUGAACAAUCAACUGUAGCAAAAAGGCAUAGGAUACUGUGGAUUAAAAAGGGAAGAAAUCAUAAACACAGGUUAUAAUAAUUUGUGUUCUGAUUCAAAUCAACCAAACUACUGUUUCUCUGCACUACUGUUUGUUCUCUUCUGUGUUAGCAUCACAGCUGUAUAUGUCAGUGUGUGUACCACCUGUGAAUAAAACUUUGCAUCUCCA